AUGUCUGUCGAACGAGGCAAUUUGAAAAGCAUCCGGACAUCGCUGACGGCUAAGCAGCCAUACGCUGGCGUCCCUUCAAUGGACUAUGAUGAGGCUAAGCAAGAGAAGCCAUGGCAGCGGGCGAUAGAUGUUUUGGCGAAAAAAGGCACGCAUUUAUACGAGCCGGUGAAAUCUGUACCAAGCCCCUAUAUACUACUUCUACUGGGUUUCUACUUGCUAUUGGGAUACUGCGCUCAACUUGCAGAAGAUGCCAUGCCCGCAGUAAUAAGAGACAGAGAUAUAGCGGCCAAUAACACGAACACGUUCAGCGAGGAAUCCGCACGGAGGUAUUUAAAUAUAAUUCUGGGGGAUCAGCCACGGGUGGCCGGUACUAAGUACCACUUGGAAAAGGCGCAAGAUUUGAAAAAAUUGUUAGACGAUGUCGCGAGCAAAGCCAGCCUACCCGUUAGGACGGAUUGGCAAUUCGUCUCCGGUGACUUCUGGAUUGAUUUUAAAAUCCCACACGCCAAUGUGUACCAGAACCUGUCGAACAUAGCGGCCGUAUUGGAGGGAGACAGUGGGUUCAAUCCCGACGGGAGUACGCGAGAGUCACUAUUGGUCAACUGUCACUAUGAUUCUGUCCCGUAUGCGAUAGGAGCGUCCGAUAAUGGAAUAUUUUGCGCGGCGAUGGUGGAAGUGUUAGUGCGAUUGUCGAGACGAAAGAAGAAAUUCAAACACAAUAUUGUGUUUCUAUUUAAUGGAGCCGAAGAAAAUCCUCUGCAGGGGAGCCAUGGCUUCAUUUCUCAUCCUUGGUUCAAAGGCGUCACGAAUGUCAUCAAUUUGGAUUCAGCUGGAAUGAACGGGAAAGCCCAAGUUUUUCAGGCCACCGACCCGCGUAUGCUAUCCGCGUACGGACACACGAAUCGGCCCACCGGACAGAGCGUCGGACAGUUCCUGUUCUCCACCGGUGUCAUUCCUUCCGACACCGAUUUUAGAAUAUGGCGCGACUUCGGGAACGUCCAAGGAUUGGACAUAGCGUUCGUGAAAUGGGGCCACGUGUACCACACGCGUAACGAUCGCAUCGAGCACGUGAAGCCGGGCGUGGUCCAGUGCGCCGGAGACAUGCUGCUGGAGUUGAUCAUCCGCUUGUGCGACGACGACGCGUUCAAGCAAAUGAAACCUCCCUCCAGCGCGGUGUACUUCGACUACAUGAACGUAAUACUAGUGACGUACUCGGACAACGCCGCGUACGUCGUAGACACGUUCGUGUGUCUGUUCGCGGCUCUCUCUAUUCUGUACUACAUCUGGCUCGUCGGCUUCCGCAUGUCGACGAUACAAGAGCUUCUCUGGGCGUUGGCCGGCCGAAUACUGUGCACCGUUUGCGGGCUGGGCGUGGUCGCCCUCUGCACGGUGCUCAUGGUCGCCACUACGACUCAGAUGAGAUACCUCUCUCAGCCUUGGAUAAUAGUAGCCGUGUACUGGAUUCCGUACAUCAUAGCCGCGACCGCCGCGGCUCACCUGUUCGACUCGUGGAGAACUAAGAAGACGGGCUUGAACCGCAGCAUCCGCGCGAGCCAAGCCUCCGCCGCCACCAGGCUCCUGGUGCUGGGGGCGCUGGCGGUUCUGCUGGUGACGCCCGACACGGCUUCCGUGAGAUAUCUGCUGACCGUCCCGCUUUUGUUCUCGACUUGUGCCAGUAUCAUUCUUCUCACUAUGUUGAGAUAUUUUCGACUUUCGGGCUGGCAACACUUAUUAAUAGAAGUGUCGGUCUCGACGCCCGCGUUGUUGUUCGUGUUACCUCUGGCGGUUCGGUUGUCGGCCUUGUUGGUGCCGAUAAUGGGACGGCUGCCGAACGGCCAACCCGACUACGUCAUCGCCGCCGCCAGUUGCUUGCUGUGCGUGCUCACUGCCGUUUGUGUGUCGGGAAUCGAACUCCUGUUCUCCCGCAAGCGUCUGUGGUACGUGGCGGGGGCGACGUCGCUGGUCUGCGUGGUCAUCAUGUUCGUCCCGUUCAGCCCUUACCAGGAGAACGGAGUCGCCGUUCAGAGGCACACGUGGUUCCACUCGGAGAUCGUCUCUUACGACCGGAACGGGUCGGUCGUGGAGCGGACGUCCGGCAUCCUCGUCAACAAGUGGGACGUGCACAACGUCCGCUCGGCCGAGGAGGCCUUGAGGAACAGCGGCCUCAACGAGAGAGACUUAAAGGCCGACUGCGAGAGGCAUCCCUUCUGCAACCUGCCUCUGUACAGGCCGAGGUUGGGCGAGUAUUUAAAAGACAGCCUCUUCCUGUUCAUGGAACCCCCGAACAGGUUCGACCACUCCCUCCGGAUGACGAGCCGGACCUGCGUGGGAGACGUUUGCAGAAUGCAAUUUAUUAUGACUGGUCCGCCCCACAACACGCUAACAAUAGUCCCAUACCCCAACAUGACCCUCAACGGCUGGUCGUUUUCGUCCCUGCUGAACCACUCGUCGUUCCACUCCAAUCAGCCCGUGUACCUGGUGACGCACUCCACGGCCACUUUCAGUCCCUCCUUCGAGCCUUUGGUGUUCAGCCUGACUUUCGUCGUUCCGCGCGAACUGCAGUCCCAGCCCUUCGUGCGGAUCAGCCACGACGCUCACCGACUGCAGGAUCCCGAAGGUCUGACUCCGGCUUUCAAGAGGCUGACCGAAUCCGUGCCCAAGUACUUCAAUAUCGCGCCAUCAGUCUGCUUUAAGAGUAAUUAUGAGUUUUGA